UGGACCGGGACCAAGUGUGCGCAUGACACAGUCGGCGAUCCUGACAAACGCGGCCGAUUAAGCCCUACCAGAUCAUGAACUUCCCCUGUAAUGGAAAAGGAACCUUGUGAAGUCACAUUGUGCACCAUCAAUAGGCUCACCUUCCCCUAAUCCCCUUCCUUCACUCCAUGCCAACCAUGGCAUAUGCUACGAGAUAUUCCCAACGUACUAACCCACCCUAGCACUCCUCCCCAACAAUGUUUCAUCUCUUCCCUCCAUAACAUCACACCAUCUCGAUCAAGGCUCAAGUAACUGCAAUUUGCCAAACCCAAGACACAAUCACAUAUCCAUAUAGACAUAAGCUUAGUAUAUAUGUACACAUAUAUAAAAACUGCUUGCUACUACUUGUUGGGAGUGAGCAAAAAGUAGGGGAGCACUCAGCACUGUGGCAGGGAGAUGAAGUUUGGGAAGAGGCUGAAGAAGCAGGUGGAGGAGAGCCUCCCGGAGUGGAGGGACAAGUUCCUGGCGUACAAGCGCCUCAAGAAGCUCGUCCGGCUUGUCUCGGCUGGUGGUUCGUCGCCGCCGCGGGGCGGUGGUGCGGAGGCCGCCUUCGUGCGGCUGCUCAUCGGCGAGGUCGACAGGUUCAACGCCUUCUUCAUGGAGCAGGAGGAGGACUUCGUCAUACGGCACAGGGAGCUGCAGGAGACGGUGAAGAAGGUGGCCGGCGGGGCGGUGCCGUCCGGCGCGCCGGAGAUGAGGAGGGCGAGGAAGGAGAUCGUGGACCUUCACGGGGAGAUGGUGCUGCUGCUCAACUACAGCGCCAUCAACUACACAGGGCUGGCCAAGAUCCUCAAGAAGUACGACAAGCGCACCGGCCGGCUGCUCCGACUGCCCUUCAUCGAGAAGGUGCUCGGGCAGCCCUUCUUCGCGACGGAGCUCAUCUCCAGGCUCGUCCGCGAGUGCGAGGUCACGAUGGAGCCCGUGUUCGAGGCAGGCGGAGGGCACGGCGCCGGCGCCAGGACGGUCCCGAUGGCGGCGCCGGCGGCGGCCACUGAGCAUGGCAUCUUCCGGAGCACGGUCGCCGCGCUGGUGACCAUGGGCGAGCUCCGCAGCGGGAGCUCCACGUACGGGCACUUCUCGCUGCCGCCGAUGACCGCGCCGGAGCCCGACCUCCUGCGGUGCAUCCAGGUCGCCGAUCCCGUGCCCAUCUGAGACGCGGGGAGCUGUCAGUCCUUGUUGGUACACGGGGGGUUUCGCUUGUACUUUUUUUUCAUGGCCAGUUACCGGCCCCAGAUUGUAGUAUGAGAUGAGCAAACGUAGAAUGUAGUUGAUGAGUAGUCCAGAGUUCAGGCGUGAACAACUCAUUUAUGUUAGGAAAUAUGAAGUUUUAUAGUAGAAUUUAGGUUCGUUUUGAUCUUUAAAAAUUUGGUCUUUUUACAAUGGGUCUUUAUCUUUUAGAGAUUAAUUCUAUCUUUUGAAAUUGAUUCUAUCUCUUAGAAGUUUUAACACUAUAUAUAAGGGGCAGCACCUAUCGUUGUAAACACAGAUGAAUAAAAAAUAAAUAAAUUUU